UAUACAACCUCUCUCACCUUCAUUACAUCCACCGCCGUCUCUGACCGGAUUCUUGAAAACUCCGGCGACUCUUUUACACCUUUCACUGAUUAUUACAACGCAGAGCAUGAUCCAUGGCGGGUCUUACGAAGAAUAAGGUUGUUUCAUCUAGUAUCUAUAUGCCGAAAAAUGGAAUCUUUUCUCUUCCUAGCUUCGUCUUCUUCCUGGUUCUCUUACUUUUAUCUCCGGUGGUUCCACGCGCCGCCGCUCAGCAGCCGCAGACAGACAGCAACGAGUACUACAGGAACUUCAGCCCGUCAAUGGCGGUCAUCAUAGUUGUCCUCGUGGCUGCCUUGUUUUUCAUGGGAUUUUUUUCCAUCUACAUCCGCCACUGCAACGAGUCGUCCGCGGGGAACAGCGUGCGGCAGGCGCUGUCGAUGCGGCGGAGGGCGGCGGCGCGUGGGCUCGACGCGUCGGUGAUAGAGACAUUCCCGACGUUUACCUACGCGGAGGUGAAGGAACACCAGAUUGGGAAGGGAGUGUUGGAGUGCGCGGUGUGUUUGAACGAGUUCGAAGACGAUGAAACGCUGCGUUUAAUCCCCAAGUGCGAUCACGUGUUUCACCCCGAGUGCAUCGACGCCUGGCUCGAGGCGCACGUGACGUGCCCGGUUUGCCGAGCCAACCUCGCUCCUCAACCGGGUGAUGAACCGGUUCAGACCCCCGAGUUGCCAACACAAGACGGGCCACAAGAAGACGGUAACGAUCAGGCACAAUCCGAGGAGAUUUCGGUACAUGUAGUGAGCGAUCAAGAGCAACGGCAACAAGACGGUGAGGGAACUGUCGUUAGAGCGAAAUCGGUUAAACGGAACUUGAGCUUCAAUGUUCCAAACCGACCCCCUAGAUCGUUUUCAAUAAAACGACCUAAAAUGUUCAGCAAGUUUAGAUCACACUCGACCGGACACUCUUUGGUUUUACCAGGAGAGAAUUUGGACCGGUACACCCUAAAAUUGCCGGAGGACGUUAGGAAGGAGAUGAUGAACCGGGCCCGGGUUAGGAGUGUGGCCGUGCAUUUACCGAGAGACGCGAGCUCAAGAAGGGGCUAUAGAACCGGUACCGGAGAAGGAAGCAAUCGAGGCGGCCGGUCUUAUCGUAGGAUGGACCGGUUGGACGGGGAAGGCCGGUCGGACCGGUGGCUUCAGUUCUUUUCACGGUGGCCGUCGAUGAAAUCACCGAAGGUGGUUGCUGAUAACGGCGAGGCUUCCUCAUCCACCGGAGGGAAAACAGCCGUGAGAAUGCCGUCAUUCAAGUGUCUAGAACCCAAAGGAGAUGAAACCGAGUUAAUGCCAUCUAGCUCGGCUCGACCGCCGGUCUAAAAUCAAAUUCCGGUUCAGAGGCAACGACAAAAUUUGAUUGUCAAAGGAGCGCGGUAGAUGCCUCGGGCGGGCCCCACUUUGAAAAUUUCAUGCCGCGAGUGGAGAAAAACUAUUGAGCACGAAAAGAUUGACUUUUGACUUUUUGCGCCGGUUCUUUUCUACUUCUUCUAGAGACUAGAGACUUUAUUUUACAUUUCAUUUUAUUUUUUCAUUUGUAUGAAUAAUUAAAAUGUACUUUUUUUUUUUAUGACUCCUUAUAGUCCUUUCUCUAUCUUUUAUUUUUAAACCUGUGCAUAGUUUUGUACACAUAUAUAUAUUCUUGAAAGUGAAUGUGAAAUUUCUUGAAAUA